AUGGACGAGCGAAGCCUUAAAAGGUUCUCAGGAGAGGACGACGAUGCCGGAAAGAUGCUCAAGCGAUGGAAGGCUUGGGCGUUAGCUAAGAUGCUAACGGUCAAAGACUUGCAGAAGACCCAGAGGGGUCCUUGGCUGUUUACCUUGCUAGAUGGCAAGGCUCUGGAGGCAUGUGAGCAUCUGGAGUUAGAAGCGCUGGCCAAGGAAGAUGGCGAUCAGCAAGUUUGGACGCUCUUGGAACAAAGGUUCCCAGAGAAAGAGGCCCAUGACCAGAUGGGCGAGGCACUGGGGGAAGUGUUUGGUCUUGCUGCCAAAGACAGUGAGUCCAUGAAGGACUGGACCUCUAGGGUUCAGGAGACUUUCUCGAGAUGCCGCCGCAAGGCCAACGUAGACUUCCCUACGCAGGCCCGAGGGUGGAUCAUGCUCCACUGUGCGGGCCUCACAGAGGAACAAAAGGCAAUAGUGAAGGCCAAGACCCAAGGCAGCCUUGACAUGGACACCGUCAGUGCUGGAAUCAGGUCUUGUUUCCCGACAUUCCGAGCCUCCAGUGUCAAGGCCCGGAAGCCAACUUCUGUGAUGCUGGCGGAGGAUGCAGCGGACCAAGGCGCUUCCGACGAGGUCGCGGAUAGCGAGUUCGAUGAUGUGGAGGCCUUCCUCGCGGAGCACAACCUCAAUCAGGAUGUGCUGGAGGAGGCAGUCUCUGAGACAGAGGCGGCUGAAGCGCUGGAAAUCUCCUGGAAAGAACGGAGAUCAGAGAUCAACAGGCUUAACAAAAGCCGUCAAUUCUCUGCGGCCGACUCCUCACGUCGAAGCUUCAGGGUCGAAGUCGCUGAACUCAAGCGGCGCACCAAAUGCCGCAAAUGCGGCAGAGUAGGACACUGGGCACGUGAGUGCCGUGCCCGCACCAAUGCCUCUGGACAACCUCUGCAAUCUGGCUCGUUGAACAGUGCCUCUUCGGGAGUGUCGACAUCGAAGAUGCCAAGCGAGACCCUCUUUGACCAGAUCUACUUCGUCGGGGCCGCCGAGGAAGAGGUGAUGGCAGCGUCGUUGGUGAGUUCUCCAGGUCAUGGUGUUGUCGACUCAGGCUGUGGCAAGACCCUGAUCGGUGAAGAGACCCUGCGAGCAAUGGAGCCGUUGCUGAGGGGCCGGAAGGUGAUCAGGUCGGAGCAGAAGAACAGCUUCCGCUUUGGCAACGGAGCACUGGAAGAGUCUACCGUGAUGGCCAGGAUUCCGGUGGCUAUCCAGCAGAAGACUGGGGUUGUGGAUGCAGCUGUUAUCAAGGGCAAAGCACCGCUCCUGCUUGGACGGCCAACACUGGAGCGGCUAGGCAUGAUUCUCAACUUCCAGGAGGGGUCUGCCUUGCUGCUUGGAGAUCAGGUGCCAGUGAAGCUCACGAGGAACUCGGCAGGCCAGUUGCUGAUUGACCUGACCCAGUUUCCAGAUGAAGACUCGCAGAGCCCUGUCAUUGUGGCAGAGCUGUUUUCUCCACCGCGCUUCCGCACGGAGGCGGCUUUAUGCCAGCCAUGCGAGGACGAGGGCACCCGUGUCCGCCACACUGCAGCAGAAGCACACUGGCAAACUGGUAAAGUAGAGCGUCACGGCGGCCUGUUUGCUACUGUCCUUGCUCGUGUUUUGGCAGAGGUUAACUUGUUGGUCGAUAAUCCAAACCCGAUUGCAAACGAUGCUGUUCUGACGGACUCCGCAGUGGACUCGCAGCAGCGUAUUCGCCUCGCGGCGCGCCAAGCCCUGGUUGCCAGCCAGGAUUGCCGAGCCUUGCGCGAUGCCCUUCGCGCGCGUCCGCGUCUGCGUCGCGACUUUGAAUCCGGACCGCUCAAGCCUCAAUUUCGUCCCCUCUACGCUCACCAGCCUCCGGGCGGAGUCCCAGGGCUAGACCCCAGCGAUGUCAUAGAAGUAACUGGCAACGUAUAUGGCCUGAAUGACGCCCCAUUCUGGUGGUGGGAAACAUUUGAUGCCGAAGCCAGGGCAGUGGGAUUUGAAAGAUCUCAAUUUGACAAUUGCGUUUACUACUUCCGUAGUGGGGGCGCCUUGACAGGAAUCCUUGGGGCACACGUAGACGACUCCAUCACUGGAGGGGAAGGUAGCGCCUAUGAAGAAGCAAUCCGUAAACUCAAGGCCCGCUUUCCUUAUCGUAAGUGGAGGAUAGGUUCAGGGGAGUUUUGUGGUGUGAUGUACUGUCAGGAUCCCUCGUCCUUCGAGAUCUCCUACAGUCAAAAGGAGUAUGCCCAGCAUCUGCGCCCAGUGAGUCUCUCCAAAGCACGCGCGGCCCAGAAAGAGCAACCGGCGUCAGCAAGGGAGAUCUCAGCUCUCCGAGGCCUGAAUGGCGCAGCCAACUGGCUAGCAAAUCAAACAAGGCCUGACAUAGCCGUUCAGGUUUCUAUGUCUCAGCAGUCGUUCCCAAACCCCCUGAUCAAAGACAUAGUGUACGCUAACCAGAUGGUGCACCGGGCCCGCCAAUACAAAGAUGUAGAAAUCAAGGUGAGGGCGAUUGAUUUCAACCAGUUGAGCAUUUGCAUGCACAGUGACGCUGCCUGGAGCAAUGCCAAGGAGGACAGGACUCAGGCAGGCUACUUGCUAGCUUUCACAGACCACCGUCUGAAAGAGAACGAAUCCGCUCCUUGGAGUCCGUUCCACUGGCGGUCGUACCGUCUCCAGCGAGUUGUCCCCUCCACGUUGGGAGGGGAAGCACAGGCUUUCUCCAAUGCCUCUGCCGUAGCCGAGUGGAUGUCACUGCUGAUCGCAGAGGCUAAGGAAGGAUCGUUUGACCUCAGAACCUGUCAGUCCCAGCUAAGGAGCACUCCGAUAGUGGGUAUCACUGAUUGCAAAAGCCUCUUCGAUCACGAUAAAUCUGAUCCUGCAGACCUCCUAAGAGCGGCACUGGACCUUGGCCAAUACCAGUUGUCCGAAGAAGCCACCGUACUGAAGGUGAAGAAACAGGCUCGCGAGCAUGUGAAG